AGCGAUGGCCAGUGCUGCGGUGGAGAGCGAUGGUGCACCGGUGGAGAGCGAUGGCGCGGCGAUGGAACGCGUUACAAUGCAGCGAUAGCGAUAGCGAUGGCAGCGAUGGAACAACGAUAGCGAUUGCGCAGCGAUGGCGCACCRGUGGAGAGCGAUGGCGCAGCGGUGGAGAGCGAUGGCGCAGCGAUGGAACAGCAAUAGCGAUGGCGCAGCGAUGGAACAGCGAUAGCGAAGGCAGCGAUAGCGAUUGCAGCGAUAGCGAUGGCGCAUCGAUUGAGAGAUGGCGCAACGAUGUAACCAACGUUGCGAUGGCAACUAUGGUACCAGCGUUGCGAUGGCGCAGCGAUGGCCAACGCUGCGAUGAGAGCGAUGGCGAUUGUCAGCGCUGCGAUGGUUAGGCGAGCGCGACGGCUGCGAUGGGGGAUAUAGCUUUGCAUCG